AUGUCUUACUACGAACCUCAGGGCUGGCAGGCUCCUGUCCGCCAGACAUCGUGGGACCAGCCCGCACCUCCCUCUCGCUCCGGAGCGAGCUCUGCUGUUCAGCGUGAUGACAACACUGCUUUCAGCUCUCAGCUCGAUGAGGUUGAUAGGGCCGUCGACAAUCUCAUGAAGAGCGGCAAAAUGUUCAACGCGGUUCCCCGCCGGGACUCAAUGCCUGUUUCUGGCGCCCCACGCCCGUUUGAAUAUGACCCGAGACUUGGCGGCUCUGCCCCUCAACGCCCGCAUUCCCUCGACUUUGAGCAGAUGCGCCCUCAGUCUGCAACCAACCUGCAAAACUUUUAUGCCAACCAGCGUUUUCAGCCGCGGCCCAACGAAGCUGAGCAGAUGAUGCAGGCCAAGCGCCGCAUGGCGGCUCAGCGGGAACGUGAGCUUCGCAACUAUCACCAAGAGCAGCAGUACAACCGAAAAGUCACUACCCAGGGCGGCAAGGUUGACCGCUCGAUGAGCCCCAGUGCCAUGAGCGAGGACGAGCGUCGUGACCUCAUUGCCCGUCAGCACCGAGCUCUGUACGGCAAUGAAAGCGCCAACUUCUUCGAGAAUGGUGCUUUUGGUGGCGAUGCCAACACCCCUCGUGCUGCUGCCGCUGCGAAUGCCGCUUCUCAGGCCGCUGGCGCUGCUGGCGCCCGUGGCUCCUCUCCCCUGGCGUUCGACCCCUUUGGAUCCCAGAACCCGGCCGCUGCUGCUGCGGCUGCCCAUGCUUCCAAGGAUGCCGUUCCGACUCCCCAAGUAGCUGGCGGCGCUGGCCCUUCGCCUGUUCAGGUUCAACAGCGCUCUCGGGCUAACAGCAACUCUUCGCCCUCGUCGAACCCCAAUAGCUUCAGCCUGUUCGAAUCUGCUGCUCAGCAGUCUAGCCGCACCUCGAACUCGUCGCCGGGUGGAUCCCCUCCCGCCCAAGCUGGCAAAGCCCCUGGUGCCUCUGCUGGCGUGGCUCCUAUUGGCACCCGCCCUGUCCACGCUUCUCAGGGCCCGGUUGUCAACCCCGCGCUCAACAAGCGAUCCACGACUCCUCUUCCUUCUCCCCUGAGUUACGGCUUUUCUCAAAACGAUCGGGCCAAUGAGCGUUCUACCUCGUCGGCGUCUAACCCUGCUGGAGCCUCCGAUGUUGGUCUUGGCUGGGGCAGCAAGAGCGGCGGUGUCUGGGGAACCAAGAACCCCUUGGGCGUGCAAGCGUCUGUUUGGGGCUAG